GCGCUUGUUUAAAGGAGUUUGUUUGUUGUUGUUGAUUACGGCUGUGAUACAAUUAUCUAUAAUGCCUCUUGGGCCCAUACAUUUGCUACCUCAUGCGCAGCUCACAGAACACGGACGGAGCUUUGGAUUUAGUCAUAGGCAUGCAGAAUGCGCUGCAUAUCAUUUGCAAGCCGUCCGAGAUGGGAUGGGAGAAUCUUCUGCAGUCAGGUGCAUUGGAGUCAAGGUGGAUAUUUGGAUGCAGAAUGGCAGUCUUUCGGCGAACAACUCAAUGACAGCAGUCAGCGCUUUGGAAGUGCUAAGCGGUGCAUACUUCAAAUCAAUGCUAGAGGAGCUGGGCACUAUGGAUUCCCAUUUGGAUUCGCUUGUUCGCUCCGCUGAAGCGGGCCCUUUGGGGCUCUUCGACCAGGAAGCUGAGCGCUCCUCAGUCCUUCUCCUUGAGCUACGAUCUCCUGUUGAAGCAGCGUGGCUGGAUCUAACGUCACUGUUGGAAAAAUUGAGGACAGAGAGGUACCUAUCAUACAUGAACGGGACGCGACUACUUGUGAGACCUGUCACCGUCGUGAUUUCAAGCAAAACUCUAUCUUACCUGGAUCGAACCAACCUGACCGAGUCAGACGUCAUCUUCUUCGACACCUCGCUGGAGUCGUUGACUAGAGCGCAUCGAACAGAAGGUGGUGAGGAAACCGAUGGCGACAACCAAGCCGCAACUCAUGGUACAAAAACCUUUCUGGCAAGAAACUCGACAGCAAGGACCGUCAUGGCAACUGCCGAUUUCCAAGCAUCUGUCGGCCUCCCACGUCGGGGCCGAUUCUCCAAAGAGCAGGUUGAGCUCAUUCGGGCCCAAGUGCGUGCUGCCCAUCAGCAUGGACUGCUGGCCCGGUAUACUGGCAUCAAGUGCCAUCCGCAACGAAUACGCAGGUUGAUCUUGCGAGUACUAGCUCAGGAAGGGGUCGAUUUGAUUGAGAAUGACCAGAAUGAUUGCGAGCGACCGUGGAGAGAGUCGUCCUUGGAGGACGGUGAAGGUAGCAGUAGAGUACCUGGAUUACCAGAUUAA